GCCUCUCAUACUCUGGUAAGGACGCAAAUGGUAACUGCCUAUGGAACGGUUGUGCCAAUGUCAAGAUCCGGCUGUACGAGGGAGCCACUAGUUUUGGGGACAUGAUUUCUUCCUUCAACAUAAAUACAAAUGCUUGGGUAGCCCAAUAUGUGUACAAGAGAUUGCGGUUCUUGAACAACCGCUACAUCUCACAGGCUGCAGCUCUUGUAUUCCUAGCAGUAUGGCAUGGACUUCACUCUGGGUAUUAUGCCUGUUUCUUCAUGGAGUUUGUUGUCAUAAACCUCGAAAAAGAUUUUCACUCUACUUCUCUGGUCACAUCAUCUUUGCUGGAUGGCCACUGUAUGCUCCAGUUGUAAAAGUAGUUUUGAAGGCUAUUGGUGGAGAAAGAGUGAGUGUAGAGAAGGGUAAAAAGGAAUAACCAAAUAAAGACAACAAUAUAUCCUAGCAGAAUUCAUUCAAGGUCACUGGAAAUGACGAGAAAGAGGAGAAAUGUUUUAAUGUCUGUAUGUAUUACUUUUAAUAGGAGUUUGAUAGAGCACAAGAUUAUUUUUUCCAUGUAAGUAUUUACAGAAGCCUGUUGAAUUCUCUUAACAGAUGCAUAUACAAA